AUGUCAUAUUUAAGCAUCCAGCAGGUUGCUAGAUUGGUGGAAUCGCUCUACACGAUCCGCGAUCCGGAACAAGUCAGCGUCGUCCAGAAGGAGCUCCAGGCCCUCCAGCGGUCCGAGUACGGCUGGACAAUUGCACACGAGUUGCUCCAACAGGAGUCGGCUAACUGCAAGUUUUUUGGAGCGCUCACCUACACAGUCAACUUGAACCGCGCGGACUUUGCGGACGCAUCGGUACAGACCGCACUCCUCCAGAUCAUGGAUCACCUCGUGGCGCUGCUCACGCGCGCGGACCUCGCGAUCGUGGUGCGCAAGUUGCUUUCUAAUAUUUCGCUCAUUUACGUCAAAUCCUUUCGCGACUGGCCGAACCCCGUCGCGACUGUCUGGUACGUGAUCCACUUGCAGCGGCCAGUGGUGCGCGAGGACUUGACACACGCGGUUGCGCCGGAAGCGCUCCGGGAGACGCUCAGCACGGCGUCCGCGGCACAGAUUGCAACGUUGGUGCUCUUCUGCCGCAUCCUUGUAGAGGAUGUGAUCAAAAACGAGCGCACAUCCACGGACUAUUCAUCUGAAAUCCACUUAGCGAUCCACGCGAAUGUGUUCCCCGCGGCGGAGCCGUUCUUACGCGCGAUGCUCGCGGCUCUCCACUCUACCGGGGUGGUGCUCGCGACUGAUUCUCUCGAGUGCCUCCACGCGUGGAUCCAAUAUAUCUGUGUCGCGGAAACCGAGUCGAUAGCGCGGUUUGACAUUUACGGGCUUCUUCUGGACCUCCUUACCGCCACCGUCUCCCAGUCUGACCAUGACGUCUCUGCCAAGUGCCUAGACGUGUGGACUGAGGUGCUUGAGACGACACCGAUGGUGGUGAACCGGAAAACAGAUAUCAAAGAUCGCUUGCAGGAGGUGCUAUUUGGGCCCUGGGGCACAUCCUACCUCAAUUAUUACGCCCAAGAAGACGACCGUGACCUGCUUGCGCAGUUCUCCCGCCUAGCCAUUGCCUUCCUCGAGCUCAACGUAGUGAGGGUUUCGUCUGAGUUGUGCAAUGCCGAGCACGAUUCUCGCUUUGAAUUCUUGCUCCAUUUGACAAACUACCCCGGGAUGCCGGUGGUGGACGAGGAUAUUUCCCUCCAGUUCAUCGAAUUCUGGUCACAGCUAGCGGAGUGUUUUAUUGACGACGCUGAAUUAGUCCACCAUGCACUCGGAGGUGAUGCGGAAAAGAUCGCCCGCGUCAACAUCAAAUCUGUGGACUUGUUCAGCCGGGUGUCCGUUAUCUACUGGGGAAAAAUUCACCUAACUGGUGACACCAAGACUGACGAGUUUUAUUCCUAUCGGAGAGAUGUAGCGGAUCUUUUUGACACCAUCUACCCCAUUGUGAAGUUUCCCUUGUUCCAGAAUCUUGUCGAUAGUGUCGAGCAAAAGACCAAGCCCAGUGAUGUGGAGGCAUCCUUGUACCUCCUUAACCACAUGGCGGCUAAUUUCGGCGAUGCCAGUGAGGAGGCUCUCAGGGCUGUUGAAUCGAUCUUUAGCGGAGGUAUUUUAUCCUAUGUAACUGCCCAGAAUGAACCAUCCCUCACGGCUAUCACCAUCCGAUUCCUCUCCUCCAUCGACUUUUUCUACAAACACGUUCUGGGGGUGUCGCACCUUCCCAGCAUCUUGGAGUUCCUCUUUGAUAGUCUCCUCCACUCACAAUCGCAGCUUCUCACCUCCAAAACCAUCGUCACCAUCAGCAGUGAGUGCCGGGUAUCUUUGGUGGAAUACCUUCCCCACUUUGAGCGCCUUUUGGUGAUGGUCAUUGAUAAUGUUACGGUCGAGGGCUUGAUUCGCGAGCGCAUUUUGAACUCCUAUGCGUCCAUUAUCCAGAGCAUGAAGAACCCCCAGACGCAGGGCCAGGUGCUAGACAAGCUCCUCUCAUUGAUUUCCAACAAAGCUGGGGUGUUGAUCUCUCACUUUGAUCCCCUGAUGGCCGAUUAUGCCGUGUCCUUACUCAGCAGCGUAUACGAGGUCGGGAAGGGAAUGCUGGUUCCGGAUGAGGCCGAAGACUUUUACACCCCUCAGGAGCAAGCAUCCGUGGUGGAGUACUGGACAGCGGAUCCGCUAGGAAUCCGUGCCAAAGUCAUGGCCAUUGUGGUCCAAUUCUCGCAGGAUCCCCAUCUUUCCCGUAGCAAAGAGGUGACGGAAAAGUGUUGCCAGAUAUUGAGGGUCGGGCUCCGCGAGACCAUAACCGGCCCAUUUGUCUUCCCUAAUGCUGCCUUAUUCGACUAUAUCGUCGGAAAGUUUGCCAUCACCGGCCCAACCUCUGUGCCGUACCUUUUUGGACUCUUCGAGACGAUUGUGAACAUCAACUUCCGCCAGUUAUCAGUCAUCGAUGUGGCACCACUAGUAGACUGUUUGUUUGUGGACCAGCAGCUCUCGGACCCAGAUCUCGUAGAUAGCUGUUUGCUGUUGUUUGCAACCAUGGCGGAACAACAGCCGAUGCUUGUGGUGGGUCUUCCAGUCUUCCAUGCCCAGGUGGUGCCCUUUGUAAUUGAUUCGCUCGCCUCCCACGAGAAGUUUGUCUUGCGUGCCUCCUCUCGUUUCUGGUGCAAGCUCAUUGUGUUAAGAAAGGGAACCAGAGACGAUAGAAGCGUCGUGGAUGGACUCUUUGCCAACGAGGCGUUCUGCCAAGCGUUCGUGACCACUUUUAUGACGGCGUUUUUGGGUGCCUCGCGGUCGAAUUUGGACUAUUACACCGAGAUCGUACGGGUAUUAUUGGCCAAAUACCCGAUGCCGUUGAAGAAGUGGCUCCUGAGCUGUCUCGAGGCAAAGAAAGUUGCUGGAGCGGAAAAGUUCAUCGGCAAGUUGAUGGUGACUAGGGGGCAGCGCCGGGCCGUUGAGGUCAUGAAGGACUUCUGGUUGGACAUCAACGGGUUGAUCAAUUACAGCAAAAAGUAG